UUACCUUUUUGUUUAUUUCUAGCAUUCCAAUAAAUGACAGAGGCAAGACUUGGAAGACAGCAAGAUGGAACAGUACAGACUGUUGGAUACCUGCCUGGGAAAGAAAAAGCAAUGAACACACAUUAUACUUGAGUCUAAAGAUGACUUCCAGGAACUCAAAAAACCAUGCACCUUGCCAGAAGCAGUAACUGCUGUGCUUUUAAGAAUGAAGUGGAUAGGGUACCCUAUGGAGAAGAAUGUUCAUGUCUGAACAAAAUGAAUUUCAUUACAAGGCUUUCUGCUUUGUGUCUGAGAAAAAAAAGCAAUAUGCAGCAAAGGCACCAGAGAAGUCGGCGGCCAGCUGUUCCACUUGGAUCACGGAUUUUAACUGACCCUUCGAAAGUUUUUGAGCAUAACAUGUGGGACCACAUGCAGUGGUCACAGGAAGAGGAGGAGCAUGCCAAGGAAAAAGCAGCAGAGAACUCGCUUGUGAAAGUCCAAUUGGAAGAACAAGAUAAGUAUGAAAGAGAAGCCAGUAAAUACUGGAAUGAAUUUUACAAGACUCACAAAAAUAACUUCUUCAAAGAUCGCAAUUGGUUGUUCUUGGAAUUUCCAGAAAUCCUUCCAGAAAAAAUGAGAGAACAGUUGAAAAUAGAGGAAAGACCUUCAGAACACACAAAAAUAAAUAUUACCAACAGUUUUUCACAUGAGAAAGAAACGUUUGAGGAAAGAGAAAAGUAUUGGAAGAAAAAUACUGGAGAUGAAUCCACUUCUGAAAAAGGAUAUGUGUAUAAUAAAAAACAAUCAAAAUUGAUUGCUGACAGCCCUCAGGGUAAAAACAACGAGGAAGAAGUUAAUAUGCAGGAAUCCUUUCCUGGUGGCGGUGCCACUUACAGAAUAUUAGAGGUUGGUUGUGGUGCUGGCAAUAGCGUAUUUCCUAUUUUGAAAGUUCUAUGCAGUGCACCUGGAACCUUUCUGUACUGUUGUGAUUUUGCUUCAGGAGCAGUGGAGCUCGUAAAGUCACAUUCGUCCUACAAUUCAGCCUGGUGUUCUGCCUUUGUUCAUGAUGUGUGUGAUGAUGCUUUACCCUAUCCUUUUCCAGAUGAGAUCCUGGAUGUCAUUCUCCUUGUCUUUGUGCUCUCAACUAUUCAUCCUGACAGGAUGCAACAGGUUGUAAAUAGAUUGGUUAAACUACUGAAACCUGGAGGGAUGCUGUUAUUUCGAGACUAUGGAAGAUACGAUACAGCUCAACUUCGUUUUAAAAAAGGUCAUUGCUUGUCAGAAAAUUUUUAUGUACGAGGAGAUGGAACCAGAGUAUAUUUCUUUACUAAAGAAGAGGUACGGAACAUGUUCAAUUCGGCUGGAUUAACUGAAGUACAAAAUUUAGUUGAUCGUCGAUUACAAGUAAAUAGGAAGAAAAAAGUAAAAAUGCAGCGAGUUUGGGUACAAGGCAAAUUCCAAAAACCAUUGCUGCUAUCUCUUAAUAAUCCUGAAGAAACCACCAGUAGGCAUCCUUAUGGAUAACUGUACUGUUAACUUAAGAAAAAGAAACAGAUCUGACAAAACCGAGGCAGGUGGUUGUGCAAUAUCUACAAAUCCACCAAAUCUGAAGAGGACAAAGAAAAUGCAGGGCAGGCAAGGAAACAGCUGGAGCUCUAGACACAGGUUUCUUCUUGUACUGGAAACCGUUUUGUUUCUGUUCUGUGUUUGGGUUGCAUCUCUGCUAUCUGCAGAUUCUACUGUUUUAUGAUGACAAAAAAAACUGUAACAGGUUAUCCUGAAAUUCAUAUUAAAACAUAUACCAAAUACCAA